AUGUCGGCUCUGUUGCUCUCGUAUCCGAAGAAUCCUCAUGAAGUUGCUGACGAUCUCGAAUCCUUUCUCCACGUUCCUACAUGGGAGAUUCUGCAUUUCCACAGGACAGAUCUAACGCAAACAGACGUUGCUGAGAAAAACACAUGUAUGAGGCAUUCCAAGAUUGGGGCGGAUGUCACACCUGCAAGAAGGCGAAGAAGACCGCGGUCAAAACGGGCGAUUUUGACAUUCUGUGGAGAUUGGGCUGGUCAGUCAAUCGUAUUCAACGGUGCCGGAUGCCCUGGUGACUGCACCACCUUUGUGGACGAAAAUCCAAGCGCAUUGUUAACGCUUUCUGGAAUAUUGCUGCUGUCCGCGUCUACACAUAACCAGCAAAGCCCGAUUUUUUCCGUUACUUCGUUUCCCAGAGAAUGUUCUGGUCACAUUGAUAUUAUGGAAAUACUUACUCCGUUGCCUGUCACAGCUUACGAAAACAACUGUGGAAAUAUUCUUGUUCGUUCAAUACUAUCGAGCUGGGGCAGACUGCCAUCGCUUCGUGGCUGA